AAUGACGUUUCUUUCAUUUGAAGAAAGGCUUAAAAGGCGCUUAUGUGUGGGAAUGAACAUUCAUUUCGUUUUUAUUUUAUUUUAUUUUUUUGAAUUCAUGGCAACUACACUCUACCGAUUCACCGAUGCUGAAGGGCUUGUUCAUCUCUUUGAGAACAAACAUGACAAGAAUCUGAGUUCAUACUUGGAAGUGGGUGACAUUCAUGGAUGUCUUCACCUUAAUGGAAUACCUUCUGGCAGGCCGUCUCCAAUUGCAAUCACUAAAUCUCUCUUGGACUUUGACCACCUCGUUUGUGAUUUCGAUGAGACCAUCACUGAACACGAUACAACUUCUUCGUUCGAUACUCUCGCCAAUGAAAUCCGUCCCGUCCAUUAUGCGGACCCACAGCUGUCCUGGUCCGAGAUCUUGCAAGCCUAUCUGGAAGAUCUGGACAAAGUCGCAGUGGGGGAUCUGUGUCAUUUAAACGCAUCAAUGUCCACAUCCACCCCUUCCUCAUCAUCUACGUCUUUGAACAUGGAUGGGCAACAGCAACAGCAACAGCAACAGCAACAGCAACAGCAACAGCCACAUCGUUUAUUAGAUCCUCAUAUUCGGGAGCUGAAAUGUCAUGUAGACGGUCGCACAUUUACUCCAGAACCCGAGACCGUCGUUCCCAAGAUCCCCUCGCUUCAACCUUGGAUCCAUUCUCAAAUGCGCAAACGCGCGGUUGAAAAGGUAUCUCUGGAUCGAGUCUAUGAAAGCGGUAAUCUUGUGGGAUUGACUCGUGCUCAGAUUCGAGCUUAUGGACGCGAAAAAAUCCGACUUCGUCCAGGGGUGGUUCAGUUUAUGAAGCUCUUUAUAGAAGAGCAAGACCGUAAGGAGCGAGCACUAAAACAGGAGCUAGGUGAUGAAGGAGUCCCUACCGUAGAUUCACACGGUUGUAGGAAAAGAAGAGGGGAGCUGUGGAUUGUUUCUGUCAAUUGGAGUCAGGACCUGAUCCGGGGAGCGAUGGAUCAGAUCUUUGGCAGUGAAGAAGCAACUGAGCGGUAUCUACCAGACUCUCAAUUGAUUUGCUCCAAUCUGAUGUUUUCGUAUGAGGAUCAUCAAGAAUUACAAAAGCGACGUAGAGAAAAGGGUGAUAAUAGUGGAAGUGAAGGCACUGCUGAUGUUACUACUAAUAAUACCAAUAAUACAGAGACCAAAAGCCAAGACCAAGGACGAAGUGGAGACGAGAUCGCUGAUGUGGAUGUUGCUGAUAAGAGAUCAAAGCAAGAUGACGCAGCUGAAGAAGAAGCAUAUUUAUCGAACGGCCAAGUCAAAGUCAACUGCCUGACAGGCACAGAUAAGUUGCGUGCGUUUCGAAAGAUUCAGGAAGAGUAUGCCAGCAAAUAUGGUCUUGCUCCUGUUGAAACUAAAUGGGCUUACCUGGGUGACUCUUCCACUGAUCUUGGAUGCUUAGUUGAAGCUGAUGUUGGGAUUAUUAUUGGCAACAGCAAGUCGCUUCUGGUUGAGUGCGAACGUUCUGGUGUCCAAGUGAUUGAUGUCCAUGUAAAAAAGCCCAAAAUAAAGUAGUCACAAGCAGCUUUUCUAAUGG